GUUGGCGUGAAGUGAGCGGGAGGCGGAGGCCGAGGCUGAGAGGCCACGGCAACACCCGCAGCCGCCAACCUGCCAGUCAAUCUAGUCAGCCGUCCAGUCACUCGGCCUGUCAAUCCUGUCGGCCAGCCUGUCAGUUAACCUCAACAUCCAGCAAGUUCUGGUUCUCCCCAGAAUGUUCUCCAUGGAGACCAAGAACUUGGCUGAUUCCUGGAACAGUCCCGCACUCAUUUUACACAUGGAGAAGCCAGGUCCGCAGAGAACACAAGACUGGUCCAACGGCAGGUGGCAGGUGAUCUGAAGCUUCUAGGCCCCCAGCACCAGGAAGCCUGGCUCCUCAAUGGAGCCGCUGGAGCCCUGGCCUGGGUGUGGCCCCACAGCAGGCCAGGCGAGGCUGCACGGUGCCCGGUGCCUGAUGCCCGGUGCCGGAGCACAGUGGGCCUUUGUGCUAGGAGGGCACCACCCCCUGGCCGGCCCCACCCCGCUCGAGGGAGAGCGCUUAUCUACCCGCCCACCUCCCCGCCAAAGCUCUGCCAGCUCCUCCUCGUUCUGCACUCAGAGCUGCUCCCCGACGGCGCAGCGCUGGGGCUCCUGCAAGACAGCACUGCUGCCAGACUUCACGGGUCCCCUCCCCGGGGCUGAUCAUUAACCCGGAGACCAUAUAAGGAGCGAGCGGCCUGGGCUGGAGGGACGCAUCGCGGCCACCGUCAUGGACAGUAGCACCUGGAGCCCCGCGACCACUGCCACCGCCGAGCCCCUCAAGGCCUACGAGCGCAUCCGCAAUGCGGCCGACAUCUCUGUCAUCGUCGUCUACUUCGUGGUGGUGAUGGCUGUCGGGCUGUGGGCCAUGUUUUCCACUAAUCGUGGGACUGUUGGAGGCUUCUUCCUGGCAGGACGAAGUAUGGUGUGGUGGCCGAUUGGAGCCUCUCUGUUCGCCAGUAACAUCGGAAGCGGCCACUUUGUGGGACUGGCGGGAACGGGAGCAGCUGCGGGCAUCGCCACUGGGGGCUUUGAAUGGAACGCCCUUUUUUUGGUGGUUGUGCUGGGCUGGGUGUUUGUCCCCAUUUACAUUAAGGCAGGGGUGGUGACGAUGCCAGAGUACCUGCGGAAGCGAUUUGGAGGCAAGCGGAUCCAGGUCUACCUCUCUGUUCUGUCCCUGUUGCUGUACGUUUUCACCAAGAUCUCGGCAGACAUCUUCUCUGGGGCCAUAUUCAUCAACAUGGCCUUGGGCCUGAAUCUGUACCUGGCCAUCUUUAUCUUACUGGUAAUCACUGCCCUUUACACAAUCACAGGGGGCCUGGCGGCUGUGAUUUACACGGACACCUUGCAGACGGUGAUCAUGCUGGUGGGGUCUUUUAUCCUGACUGGGUUUGCUUUUCACGAAGUGGGAGGGUAUGAUGCCUUCAUGACGAAAUACAUGAAUGCCAUUCCAACUGUGAUUUCUGAUGGAAACACCACCAUCAGGAAAGAAUGCUACACCCCAAGGGCUGACUCCUUCCACCUCUUCCGAGAUCCUCUCAAGGGAGACCUGCCAUGGCCUGGGCUCAUCUUUGGGUUGUCCAUCCUUGCCCUGUGGUACUGGUGCACAGAUCAGGUCAUUGUGCAGCGGUGCCUCUCGGCCAAAAACAUGUCACACGUGAAGGCCGGCUGCAUCAUGUGUGGGUACCUGAAGCUGCUGCCCAUGUUCCUCAUGGUGAUGCCGGGGAUGAUCAGCCGCAUCCUAUACACAGAAAAAAUUGCCUGCACUGUCCCCUCGGAGUGUGAGAAAUAUUGCGGCACCAAGGUUGGCUGUACCAACAUCGCCUACCCUACCUUGGUGGUGGAGCUCAUGCCCAAUGGACUUCGAGGCCUGAUGCUGUCAGUCAUGUUGGCCUCUCUCAUGAGCUCCCUGACCUCCAUCUUCAACAGCGCCAGCACCCUCUUCACUAUGGACAUCUACACCAAGAUCCGGAAGAGAGCAUCUGAGAAAGAGCUCAUGAUUGCAGGAAGGUUGUUCAUGCUGGUGCUGAUUGGCAUCAGCAUUGCCUGGGUCCCCAUUGUGCAGUCAGCACAAAGUGGGCAGCUCUUUGAUUACAUCCAGUCCAUCACCAGUUACUUGGGACCACCCAUUGCAGCUGUCUUCCUGCUUGCUAUUUUCUGCAAGAGAGUCAAUGAGCAGGGAGCCUUUUGGGGACUGAUCAUUGGAUUUGUGAUUGGGGUGUCCCGUAUGAUUGCUGAGUUUGCCUAUGGAACUGGGAGCUGCAUGGAGCCCAGCAACUGUCCCACAGUUAUCUGUGGUGUACACUACUUGUACUUUGCCAUCAUCCUCUUUGUCAUUUCUCUCAUCAUCAUCCUGGCUGUCUCCCUCUUCACCAAGCCCAUUCCAGAUGUGCAUCUCUACCGCCUGUGCUGGAGCCUGCGUAACAGCAAAGAGGAGCGUAUUGACCUGGAUGCAGGAGAGGAGGACAUUCAAGAAACCCCAGAGGAGACCAUUGAAAUAGAAGUUCCUGAGGAGAAAAAAGGAUGCUUCAGGCGGGCCUAUGACCUGUUUUGUGGUCUGGACCAGCAGAAGGGCCCCAAAAUGACAAAGGAAGAGGAGGCAGCCAUUAAGCUGAAGAUGACAGACACCUCGGAGAAGCCUUUGUGGCGGACGAUAGUGAACAUCAAUGGCAUUAUCCUGCUGACUGUGGCCAUCUUCUGCCAUGCAUAUUUUGCCUGAGUCCUGCCUUCUGCUGCAGGCUGUGCUUGGGAAGGCUGGGAUCUUUAUUCUGUCUCCUUUUAAUCCCGUUCUGCAGUGUUGAAGGCACACCAGCUAGUUGUAAAUUUUGCCCAGUCGAUAAAUGUGUACAUUUGUAAUUACAGGCUAGCUAGAGAAAAAUUGCUGUUUUGCUGUUAACUUAUGUAUUUGAGGCCAGUGUGAUACAGUCAUCUGUACAUAUCGGAGCUGCAGAAGGAAAUUCCACUCAGUCUGAUGUCUAGGAAAAGGCAGACUAAGAAACAGAAGCCCUGUGAUGUAUGAUGCAAGUUUGUCUCAGGUAGAUUCAGCACGUCAACAUUGUUUGUGAUCCUUGAAUAUUAUUUUAAGAGUUGUGGUCUCCCUGGUUCCUACCACUUUCCCUAUCUAACUUCCCCCUUCAUUUUUUUUUUUAAAGAAAAAACUCCCCCCUCCUCAUGAUAUCCCUGUCAAGGUUUUCCUGGCACAGGAAAGAUCAAUCUGAUAAACUGAUGAACACGUUGAAGCUGAGGAUGUGAGCUUGAUGGGGUCCCUGUCCUGGGUGUUUGCUCUUUGAAGGAGGGGCCUGGACAUGGCAGUACUAACGCCAAAGGGAGGGACCUAGGCUCCAGCCUCAGGCCAGUGGGGAAAGCAGAUAAUUCCAAGUCAAGGGGAUUUUCUGGUUUUCUUAAAAGUGUCCAUUGUCAGUUCUUUGUGUUGAGAUUUCAUUCAUUUUGGCAUUUCCUGUGCCUGGACUGUCUAAGCCACUCAGUAAUGUUUGUGGACUGAAUGAAUGAUGUGGGUAUUUGUUAAUAAAUGCUUGCUUUACUUUUGGUUAACCUUAUGGCUGCACAGAGUACACACUCUGGUGACUAUAAUGAAUUGGGGUGCAUUUUCCAGAGGCUCCUCUUCCUCAUGGUGCUGAUAUUGACAUACAGGCUUAGUAACUGACUCAGUGUCACAAAAUAGAGCACAUAUGCCUCUUGGGGGCAUCUGUCAUCUCAAAGCAGCCGCACUCUCCUGAAACACUGAAACUUUUAGCCGGAGAUCCUCCUCCCUGUGAGUCCAUGUGACCACAGCUCUUCCUUUAUUAGGUGUCUUGAUUGGUGGUCAUCCAUUGACCAAGUUUGGGGUGGGUGGUCUCUGUUCCAGGUGGUAGCACUCAACACUUUUAUUUCUUGUUUUACCUGUUUCCUAGGGAGAAAUUUUUUAAAUUAAAAUUAAAUUUAAUUAAUUUAUUUCUUUUAGUUCCACCUGUGGAAUCUUAAUAAUAUUGUAAUAUAAUCCUGUGGAAGUCAUGAUGUUAGUAUUGACUGAUUUCAGGCUAGCUUAGAAAAGAGCUGAGAGUGGUUCCUUGGGUAUAAAAAUGGUUCGACAGGUAAAGAAUGGCUUCUUCUUGUGAAAGGAAAAGAAAAUAUUUGAUGUGCCCUCAUAUUCCCCUUAAGCUAGGCAGAGAACAGGGAAAAGUGGAGAAUUUCACAUGGCUAGUAUUACUCAGAGUACUCAGUUUUGUGGGGAGUUUGUGAUAUUUUUGAGCUUUGAGAGGCUAAAGGAGAGGACUGAAAGCUAGAGGAUGGAGCAGCAUAAAGUAUCUAGAUUGUCCUAGAUUCUGUUUCUGACCUUGUCAAUGAUUCACUAUGUUUAUUGUGGUAAAUUAUUUUGUCUCAACUCUGUAUUUUUCUCUUUGAAAACUGAGACCUUGGUGCUCAUAGCAUCUACCUACCUCCUCUGGGUGUGACGAGGUCACUUUGAAAAGAGAAUGAGCGAUACAUACAUGAAAGAUGCCAAGCAGAUGUAAUAUUAAGCUGCAUUUAGUCCCGUACAUUAAAAUUUAUUACUUUGGUAAAAAAUAAAAACA